CAGUAAUGCGACACAGAUGACGCAGCCACCUUUAAACUUUAAAGCAGAAGAAGAAUUGGAAGCAAGCAUUCAUUCUGGUAUUAGUUUGUUUUUUUAAAGAAUUGUCUUAUGGACCGCCUGGCAUCUUUUGGAAAUGAUCCAUUUGAUAAACCACCAUGCAGAGGUUGCUCAUCUUACCUAACAGAGCCAUAUAUCAAGUGUGCAGAAUGUGGACCCUCACCCUUCUUACUCUGUCUCCAGUGUUUCACCAGGGGAUUUGAAUACAAGAAGCAUGAGAGUGAUCACAAAUAUGAAAUCAUGACGUCAGACUUCCCUGUGCUGGAGCCUGGGUGGACGGCACAGGAGGAGAUGGCCCUGUUGGAAGCAGUUAUGGACUGUGGUUUUGGAAACUGGCAGGAUGUGGCAUAUCAGAUGCGCACUAAAACUAAAGAGGAAUGCGAGAGCCACUAUAUGAAGAAUUUCAUCAAUAACCCGCUGUUCUCAUCCACCUUGCUCAGCCUCCGGAAAACGAAAGACUCUCGCUUUGCAGAGGGCGCUAUUCCCUUCAAACCCACCGAUGAUCCCCCUCGUCCCACGUUUGACUCUGUGCUGUCUAGGGAUAUGGCUGGAUACAUGCCUGCCAGAGCAGACUUCAUGGAGGAGUUCGACAACUACGCAGAGUGGGAUUUAAAAGACAUUGAUUUUGUGGAUGAUGAUUCGGACAUCCUGCGUGCACUCAAGCUUUCCGUUGUUGAUAUAUAUCACUCAAGAUUAAAGGAGAGGCAGCGGAGGAAAAAGGUAAUCCGAGACCACGGACUGAUCAACCUGCGCAAAUUCCAGAUGCUGGAGCGAUGUUACCCAAAGGAGGUGCAGGAGCUGUAUGAUGUCAUGAGACGAUUCGCCAGAGUGGCUGGACCAAUUGAACAUGACAAAUUCAUUGAAAGUCAUGCACUGGAGUUUGAGCUGAGGAGAGAGAUCCGCAGGCUGCAGGAGUACAGAAAAGCAGGGAUCAAGUCUUUCUGCAGUGCCAAGGUGUACGAGCGGGUGAAGCGAAUGCGGGAGGAGGAGCGGAGGAAGCGGACCAUGUUGUGUGACGUGCUGCAGUACAUUCAGGAUGGCAGAGCCUGCCAGCAGUGGCUCAGCAAACAGGCUGCAAUAGACGCUGGCAUCACUCCAGCUGUCACAACAAUCACAGUGUCAGCAACAGGUAGGCGGAGCGCUCCUCCUCUCAACCUGACGGGGCUGCCGGGAACAGAGAAACUCAACGAGCGGGAGAAGGAGUUAUGCCAGGUGGUGCGGCUGGUGCCGGGGGCCUAUCUGGAAUACAAACAGGCCUUGCUGAAUGAGUGCAGACGGCAGGGUGGGCUGCGACUGGCGCAGGCCAGAGCGCUGAUCAAAAUCGAUGUCAACAAGACACGCAAAAUCUAUGAUUUCCUCAUCAAGGAGGGCUACAUCACUAAGGCCUAGGAGCGUUUGAUUUGAUCACCGGGGAGAUUGGAUUGUGGUCAAUGGUUAAUUUUUUUUCUAAUCUUGUAACAUCGUAAACCUGUGUUUUGUGAGCCGUUCAGAUUGUUGCGGCUCCUUUAAAGUUUUGUAACAUUUGUAAGGUCUGUUUGUGCUUUGGAGUCUAAGAUGUAUAACAUGGCAAAUCUCUUUGUAUAAUUCUCUGUCAGAAGAACAGCUGCUCAUAUUGAAAUGAGGAUGUAUUUAUUUCUCAUGUCAUAAAAUGUUUAUGGAAAAAAACCUCAGUGUGUAUGUUGAUAUUUUGACUUGAACGGAACCGGUCGUACUUGGACUGAAAUGUUUGGUGACUUUAUUUUACAGGUCACAUGAUUUACUUGAAAUUAAAUGAUGUGCUGCUAUAAAUGCCUAGCAGAUUUUGUGGAAAGGUCGCUAAUUCAAAUAAUUAAAUGGGGAA